ACUCAACAAUCUUAAGACACAGCACAGCACAACCUCUUUAGUUCCUUGUAACCCUUAAUCAUUAGUUAGGACAAAACCUUUGUUUACCUGCUUUGCAGUCUCCCCCAAUUUACUAACGAGUUGGUCAAAUCUUCUCUUCACCGCUUCCUCUCUAACUGUCAUAAUCUUUUUUCUACGAAAAAAAAAUAUCUAUCUCUAACCGUUCUUAUUUCAGCACCAGUUUUCCAAUUCACUCUACUUUUCUCACACUAUUUAUUAAUUGAUUUUUUCCGCCUUUUAUUCCUUUAUAGUACAACACAGCUUAUGGACAAAGAAAAAUAUAUAAAUAAAAAAUAAGAAUUUGUUGCCUGUAAAAUUGACAGACUUGGAGAAGCUUUUUUCUCUUACAAUACCAACUAAACUAAACCUGCGGCUUCUCUAGCAGGUUUAGCUAAGCCAUGUCGGGUUUGUAUAACUCCAAUUUCUCACCAGUGAGAGCUGCUUCUAGAUUACGAGGAACUCCUGGAAUGACAAUGGACUGGCAAGUUGCACCUGCAAGUCCUAGUUCAUAUACUGUCAAGAGGAUUUUGCGCUUGGAAAUUCCAGUUGAUACAUACCCCAAUUUCAAUUUUGUCGGAAGGCUUUUGGGACCCAGAGGCAAUUCUCUGAAACGGGUAGAAGCUUCUACAGGUUGCCGGGUGUUUAUUAGGGGAAAGGGUUCCAUAAAAGAUCCUGACAAGGAAGAAAAAUUAAGAGGAAGACCAGGCUAUGAGCAUCUCAAUGAGCCACUCCACAUUUUGAUUGAGGCUGAUUUACCUGCUAAUAUUGUUGACAUAAGGCUCCGCCAGGCUCAAGAAAUUAUAGAAGAAUUGCUCAAACCUGUGGAUGAGUCAGAGGACUAUAUUAAGAGGCAACAGUUGCGGGAAUUGGCGAUGCUGAAUUCAAAUUUCAGAGAAGAGAGUCCUGGACCAAGUGGAAGUGUAUCUCCAUUCAAUUCCAGUGGAAUGAAACGAGCAAAAACUGGUCGAUGAAAGAAAGGUUUCCUUGUUGUAGAUGGGUGUUAACGUUUUACAAUACAUCUCAAUCAAAGCAGCUAUGAAAUAAUAGGCUAACAAUUAUUGCUGGCUAGCAUUCUGGUGGUUUUACAUCCCCUUUAUCCUACAUUUUACUUCUAAAACAAAAGGAGUCAAAGCUAGAAAGAUUUUUAGAAAAAAAAAAUGAUAAAAAAAUUAAUAUAAUUGGGUAUUGAGAAUAGGCGUGUUCAAAUGAGUCUUUUUGUUGUACACUUCAUACAUUUAUUAUUGGAUUUAUUCUUGCGUACGUAACAUGUGAGAAGCAUGGAAUAUAGAUGUUGUGAUGGGUGAAGCUUUAGGUCUAAGUGGAUCAAGUUUUGUGGGCAUGUGACAUGUCAAGUUCAUUGGUAUUCAAAGAUUUACCGGUUAGCAUAGGCGGAAUUCUUUUUAGUUGUUUGUCUCAAGCAUAUGUAUUCUAUUCAGUGCGGUACAGUUGAACGAUACCAUGUAUCGUUGAUGGAAAAACUAUGUUAUAUAGAAUAUAGUACAUACUUAUUUCUUGUGCGAA